UCCUUUUUUGUUCCCAAUGGCUGCAGUUACCUCCUUGUCUCUCUUGAGGAACUGUGCAGCAACAACAGUGAGAGCUUUUGUGGCUGUGAAAGCCUCCAACCCCAAUUUCAAAGCUUUCCUUCUUCCCCUUCAAUCUCAAAGGUCCCUGUGUCGUGUUAGUGCUACAAGCAAUGAAGAGGCUGCUGCCAAGGUAGCUGCAGCUAAUGCCGACAGUGGAGCUCCAACAAUAUUUGACAAGAUUAUAGCAAAGGAAAUCCCAUCAAGCAUUGUAUACGAGGAUGAUAAGGUCUUGGCAUUUCGGGAUAUCAACCCGCAGGCUCCUGUGCAUGUUGUAAUCAUCCCAAAGAAUAGGGAUGGGUUAACAGAGCUGGCAAAGGCUGAAUCUAGGCAUGUGGAAAUAUUGGGUCAACUUCUGUAUGCUGCAAAAAAAGUUGCUGAGAAAGAAGGUAUUCUCGACGGGUUUCGUGUGGUUAUCAACAAUGGUCCAGAGGGAUGUCAAUCUGUUUAUCAUCUCCACUUGCAUCUCCUCGGUGGGAGACAGAUGAAAUGGCCACCUGGUUGAAUAUGCAAACCUGGACUGUAAGGGUACUCUUAUUCUUCACUAUACGAGGACUCCUAAGGCUAGAAGAGAUACAUGUGUUAGCUUUUACUUAGUUUGGCCGUUUGGGUAUUGUUUCUUAAGACAAAAUGUUACUUUAUUGGAAAGAUUG